CACUCACACUUUGCAUUCGCACUUCACCACAUCGACGCCAUUUUUCCGGGUCGCGUCAGUAUUUUCCUUGCAAAAUAAUUGCACUGCAUUUAGUGGCAUUUAUUCGUGAACUAGGAGACUCAGGUGUUUAAAAAAUGGGUGUUGACAUUAUUCCGAUUUCUCCAGGAGAUGGAAGUACAUUCCCGAAGAAUGGCCAAACUGCUGUGGUGCACUACACGGGUACUCUCCAGAAUGGCGAGGUGUUUGAUUCUUCGCGAACCCGCGGGAAACCCUUCAAGUUCACCGUUGGCCAGGGUGAAGUGAUCCGAGGCUGGGAUGAGGGUGUACCUCAGAUGUCAGUGGGACAACGUGCUAAACUCGUAUGUUCUCCUGACUAUGCCUACGGCAGUCGUGGACAUCCUGGUGUCAUUCCACCCAAUGCCACACUCACCUUUGACGUCGAACUCAUUAGAGUAGAAUAAAUUUUGGUAUCCUCUUGUUCAUGAAGCAUCUUCCUGGAGGGAGAGGGCUAACCAUUUUGUUUUUGGGAUGCCCACAUCAAAGUAAGAUUUAAAAAAAAACAGCUUUUCUCGACAAUCCUUCCUCCAAGCACAACACAUCUGUAAGAAUUUUGUGGAGCCCUCUGGGCGCCUCUUGAUUUCAACCACCCAUGCAGUUCCGUGUUCAACAGAAAGAAAUAACAAAGCAAUUUUAGAGGAAAUAAUCUUCAUUUCCAGCCAACUCUGCAAUGCCGAGAUGUUGAAAAUAAAAUAAUAUUGUGUGACAAAAAAAGACCUCUUCAAAUAAACCCAUAACUUUAUUGCA